AUAUUGGUAGGCAGCUCACACGGAUUUGAGACACCGCCACAUUGGUUUGGCGUAAAUCAGCGUUGUUUAAUCUCAUGGGCGGGAGCUUCGCUUCUCCCACGCUCCACACACACAGUUAUUCAGCUCUGGAAAACAUUGCUAGAGAACAAGAGCAACAAUGUGGACUUUCCAGACUACAGCUCUAACGAUAUCCAUUGCUUUGCAUACCCUGGCACAAUUACCUGAUCACAAUGACAAGUGUGCAGAGGGGAGCUGUUACCCCUCUACAGGUGAUUUGCUGAUAGGGAGAGCACAUCGGCUUUCGGCCUCCUCCACCUGUGGAAUGAAUGGACCAAAGAAUUUCUGCAUCGUGAGCCAUUUGCAGGAAAACAAGUGUUUUAAAUGCGAUUCCCGAAGGCCUUACAAUGAGUUAAUUAGCCCCAACAGCCACGGCAUUGAGAAUGUGGUGACAACCUUCACUCCCAACCGCCUGAAAACCUGGUGGCAGUCUGAGAACGGAGUUGAAAAUGUAACUAUUCAGCUGGAUUUGGAGGCAGAAUUCCACUUCACACACCUCAUCAUGACCUUUAAGACCUUUCGGCCCGCAGCCAUGCUGAUUGACCGUUCUGCAGAUUUUGGGCGGAGCUGGCAGGUGUACCGUUACUACGCUUUCAACUGCACUGAAUCCUUUCCGCACAUCCCUCUCGGGCCAAUCAAAAAAGUUGAUGAUGUCAUUUGUGACAGCCGCUAUUCUGGCAUUGAGCCAUCAACUGAGGGCGAGGUCAUUUUCAGGGUACUUGAUCCUGCAUUUAAGAUUCCUGACCCUUACAACCCACAUACUCAGAACCUACUGAAGAUCACAAAUCUUCGUGUACGUAUGGAAAAGUUGCACACUCUAGGUGACAGUCUGUCUGAUGACCGAGAGGAGGUGAAAGAAAAAUACUAUUACGCUCUCUAUGACAUGGUCGUCCGUGGCAACUGUUUCUGCUAUGGCCACGCCUCCAUGUGUGCACCAGUCGGCACUGAGGCAGGGGUUGAGGGCAUGGUUCACGGUCAUUGCGUGUGUAAUCACCACACUACUGGACUCAACUGUGAGGAAUGUGAGGACUUUUACCAAGAUCUGCCCUGGAGACCAGCAGUGGGCCGAGAGACAAACGCAUGCAAGAGAUGUGAGUGUAAUCAUCACUCAAGUUCCUGUCACUUUGACAUGGCGGUGUAUCUGUCAUCAGGAAACCGGAGUGGAGGAGUAUGUGAUGACUGUCAGCACAACACACAGGGCCAAUGGUGUGAGAACUGCAAACCCUUCUACUACAAGCACUCUCACAGAGACAUCAGAGACCCCAGGAUCUGUGAGCCCUGUGACUGUGACCCACGUGGUUCUCUGAACGGAGGCUUAUGUGACAGCGCUACGGAUGUUUUAAGAGAUAUGAUUGCUGGCCAAUGUCGCUGCAAAGCUAAUGUGGAGGGACAACGUUGUGACCACUGUAAAAAGGGACACUAUGGCCUCAGCGACGACCCAUUAGGCUGUCGGCCAUGCAGCUGUAAUCCUCAAGGCACACUCCAAACAGGAAGUCCUUGUGAUAUUCAAACAGGAAGCUGUUACUGUAAACGUCUUGUGACUGGACGAAAUUGCGACCAGUGUGUGCCUCAGCACUGGGGUCUCAGUAAUGAUAUGGAUGGCUGUAGACCAUGUGACUGUGACGUCGGUGGGGCUUUGAAUAAUAGUUGUUCUCAGGUGACAGGGCAGUGUGCUUGUAAGGAGCAUAUGUUUGGUAGGCGUUGUGACCAAGUGCAUUCUGGGUACUACUUCGCAACACUGGAUAACUACAUUUAUGAAGCUGAAGAUGCUUCCUUUGGACCGGCAGUAAAAGUGGUUCAAAGACCAUUACCUCUGGAUCGUAAACCCACCUGGACGGGUACAGGGUUUGUCAACGUACCAGAGGGUGAAACACUGAGAUUCAACAUUUACAAUCUCCCACGAUCUAUGGAAUACAACUUAAUGAUCCGCUAUGAACCACUGUUGCCAGAUGAAUGGGAGCGGGUUGAAGUAAAGAUAGAGCGGCCCAGAACCAGUUACACAUCAGCACACUGCACUUCUACAUACAAUGAUGAACAGUCAAUCUCACUGCACCCUGGAUCCAGAUAUGUAAUUCUGCCUAAUUCAGUGUGUUUAGAGAAGGGUCAGAACUACACAGUGAAAAUUAGCUUCCCACAGUACUCAUCAUACAGCUAUCACUCUUCUCCUCACACACUUAUUGAUUCAAUAGUGCUUCUGCCAGAGGUGCAAGACCUGGAGCUAUUUUCUGAGGGACCCCAGCAGCAAGAGAACUGGGAGAUGUUCAAGAAAUACAGAUGUAUGGAACGGAGCCAGAGUAUUAUUAAAAUCCCCUUGACGGAUAUUUGCAGAGACUACAUUUUCAGUGUGUCAGCACUACUACACAAUGGAGCUCUGGAGUGUAGGUGUGACCCACGAGGUUCUCUGAGCACAGUAUGUGACGUUAUUGGUGGGCAGUGUCAGUGUCGACCCAAUGUUUCGGGCAAGAACUGUGACACAUGUUCCCCAGCCACAUACCAGUUUGGCCCCUCGGGAUGCAGACCGUGUGACUGUAACCCGCUGGGCUCUCAGAACCUUUUCUGCCACCCCACCACGGGCCAGUGUUUAUGUGUGCAAGGGGCAUAUGGACGCCAGUGUGGCAACUGUAAGCCCAACCAUUGGGGCUUCCCUCAAUGCAACCCCUGCUCCUGUAACGGGAACAGCGAACAGUGCCAUCUGAUUACGGGCGAGUGUCUGAACUGCAGGGGUCACACCACAGGCCGAAACUGUGAGAGGUGUGAAAGUGGUUAUCACCGUAACACAUUGCUGGGCUUCAGAGAGCCGUGUCGCCCUUGUAUGUGCCCUAAUGGACCUGGAAGCGGAAUGCAGUUUGCUGAGAGCUGUUACCAAAACCCCCUCUCUCUUCAAAUGGUCUGUGUCUGCAACUCAGGCUACAAAGGACCUAAGUGUGAGGAAUGUGCCUCUGGUUAUUAUGGUAACCCUCAGGUACCAGGGGGGCGAUGCCAACCUUGUCAGUGUAACGGAAAUAUUAACAUGCAGGACCCUGAUUCAUGCGACGCCCGCACCGGUGCCUGUCUCAAUUGCCUGUUUCACACUGAUGGCAAUGCGUGCCAGUACUGUAGACGUGGUUAUUAUGGAGACGCCCGUACACAGAACUGCAGGAGAUGUAUGUGCCAUCUUGUGGGAAGUUCUAGGCACAGCUGUGUUGAUGACCUGUGUGAGUGUGACAGGGAUAGCGGGCAGUGCCCAUGUCUGCCUGGUGUGGAGGGUCGGCACUGUGACCGCUGUGCCCCCAACACAUGGAACCUCAACAGUGGCAAAGGAUGUCAACCUUGCCAGUGCCACCCAGAACACUCGUACAGUUCCUCCUGCGACCUGCUGUCAGGUCAGUGUUCCUGUAAGCCUGGUUUUGGAGGCAGGACGUGUGAGGAGUGCAGAGAACUGUUCUGGGGCAAUCCUGAGGUCCAAUGCCAUGCAUGUGACUGUGACCCACGAGGCAUUGCCUCUCAACAGUGUAAUAAGCUGUCUGGCGAGUGUGUCUGCUUAGAGGGCGUGGCCGGGCGAAGGUGUGACUCAUGUGGGCGUGGCUAUUUGGGGACCUUUCCUGAUUGUGAGGUGUGUCAUCAGUGUUUCCGCAAAUGGGAUGUUAAUGUCGGAGAACUGACCAAUCACACACAGAGGCUGAUGAAUACAGUAGAGGAAAUGGUAGAGACUGGCGUGGCUUCACCCUAUAAAGACAUCAUAUCGAGUCUGGAGGUUGAAACCAGACAGCUCAGAGAGAUACUGGAAGAUGACAAGGUUCAACAAACUCUCUCACACACACAGAGGAUGCUGCAGCAAGCUAAUGAGACAGCAUCAGUUCUGCGAAAGUCUAUGGACCGAUCUGAAACAGAUCUGGAGAACGUAUCUGCUGACCAUCAACAGGCCGUGAAGAACCUGGAAAGUCUGACCAAGGAGGCCCAAAACCUUCAAGAGAUCUCCUCUGACAAACAGCAGCAGGUUCUGAACAUUAAACAUUCAGACCCCAGAGGUGCGGCGGACGGCAUCAGAGAGUAUUACAGGGAAUCUGGCGUGGCGGAGUAUCGUGUCAAUCAAGCCGUCUCUGAACCGGGAAGUACGGUCAAAGAGUCUGCCUGGCUGCGGAAAGCUACAGAAGCCAAACUAGAUGCCACAGAGAAAGAAUUUAACCUGAAACAUCAGCUGCAUAUACAGAGGCUGGACAAUAUUGGAUCUGACCUGGACUCCUCAGACCUUUCACGACUAAGCCGUCAGGUGUGCGGAGGGGUGUCAGGUCUUGAUGGUUGCAGUGUCUGUGGUGGUCUAGGCUGUGUGAGUGAGGAUGGCGUGUCCCAGUGUGGUGGAGAAGGAUGUAAGACUAUUGUGACCCAAUCUCAAGACGCCUUGAACAAAGCCAAAAACUUAGACCAAGAGGUCCUGCACGCUUUAAAAGAAGUGGACAAGCUAAGCAAGAUGGUGUCAGAUGCUCGAGGACGUGCGGAUGAGGCUAAGCUCAGUGCUCAGGGAGUGUUACUGAGAGCCAAUCAGAGCAAAGCACGAGUGGAACAGACCAAUGAGGAGCUCAGAGACCUCAUUCAGCAAAUACGAGACUUCCUCACAAACGAAACAGAUCCAAAGCGUAUAGAGGAAGUAGCUGAUGAGGUGAUGAAAUUGAGUUUGCCAGUGUCAUCUGGAGCGCUAAAGAACAUGACCUCAGAGAUCCGAGAACAUGUGGCCAGACUGACCAGCGUGGAUGAUAUUCUGACCCAGACGGCAGACGAGGCCCGCACUGCAGAGAGACUCCUGCAACAAGCACAGGCUGCCAAUGAGAGAGUUACAGCACUGAAACAGACCACUGAUGAGGUGAAGGAAACUAUAGAGGAUACUGAGCGCGCUCAGACUGCUGCCAGCGAAAAACUGAAUGAGGUCAAGAGUGACAUAAACCAAACAAAAGAACAAAUUACUGCUGUACAAUCAAAAACUGAAGCAACGGAGUUCAAACUGAGUAGCAGCACAGGAAGAUUUUUGGAUCUUGAGAGAAAGGUCGACGAACUCCAACAGAAAAUUCAAGAAACAUCCAGAAGUGCAGAUCAAACUCAGAAACAAACUGACUACAUCACAGAGGAAAUUGAGCACACUGCACAAGAGAUUGACUUGAACGUGCAACCUAAGUACCAACUGGCCAGCGGUCUGAUAGAUCAAAAUGCAGCAGGUGUGAUUGAUGCACGUCAGAAGGCCGAGCAACUACGACAGAAAGCAAAAGAUCUAUUAACAGAUGCCACCAACAAACUACAGAGACUAAGAGAGCUGGAGAGAUCAUUUGUGAUAAAUCAGCACACUCUAGUGGAGAAAGCUCAGGAGCUGGAAGGGCUGGAGAAUGAGGCCAGAGAAGUACUGCAAGAACUCAGUCAGAAAAUCACCAUCUACAGCACCUGUGCUUAACUAUCAAGAACUAAUAAAUAAAAAGCUCAGACUAUAAUCAGUCGUCAACUA